GGUUCAACUCCUAGCGACUAUGGCAGUUCCGUCUCUGCAAGUUAUUGCAGCACCAUCCGCAGUGAUGCCGAGGAUUACUACUGGGAAAACGGACGCAGAUACCACUCGAUGGGUGGUGGACGAUAUCUUCUCCCAAACGACGAUACAGAGCUCGAUCGGGAGGACAUGAAGCACCAUAUGUGGACACUGGUUCUCGAAGGCAAUCUACAUCUUGCUCCUGUAGGUGACAGUCCGCAGAAGGUACUCGAUGUCGGAACGGGAUCAGGCAUUUGGGCAAUGCAGGUAGCGGACAGAUAUCCGUCCGCCGAAGUCAUCGGAUUCGACAUUUCGCCAGUCCAACCAAGCUGGGUACCACCGAAUUUGGUUUUUGAGAUAGAUGAUCUCGAGCAAGAAUGGCUGUGGGAGGCAGCAUCAUUCGACUUUGUGCAUUGCAGGUUCAUGUUCAUGUCUGUGUUGGAUUGGCCUGCAUUGCUCGCACAGGCCUAUCAAACACUUAAACCCGGCGGUUAUAUCGAGUUAGCUGAACUUGACUUGAAUCCCAUGCCAGCGUUCGAGGGCAGACCGAGCCCACCACUUAUCGACGAGUGGUUUGGCAUACAGGGUAGCAUCCUAGGAAAGAUGGGCUUCGACAUGCGUGUUGCGUCAAAAUUCAAACAGAUGCUUCUGGAUGCAGGUUUCGAAGAUGUGGUGGAGGCUGUAAGGCCAGUGCCAUGGGGAACAUGGCCAUUGGACAAGCGACACAGGGCGAUCGGAUAUUGGCAUGUUGAACAACUCAAGAUGGGACUUCAAGGCAUCACUAUGGCAUCGCUGACUCGAGCAGGAUGGUCAGUAGCAGAGGUUGAACUGUUCCUCGCCGGAUUGCGUCGAGAGAUGAGGGACUCGAGAUGGCAGAUCCAAGACCAGGCCAUCAAUAUUNNCUCAGACACCAUGGCGUCGCCUUCACGCUCAGGCGGCACAAUGCACGUCGCAGUCACAUCACCAUUCAAAUUCCUCAUGGGCUCCUCACACAGCGCCCCUGACAUGUCGGUUAAUGCCCUGGUCGACCGCUUCACCACCCUCGAAGUCAAGGAUCGCGACGAAGACAGCGCAAAGCGCACAGCACGACGAUUGGAGGCUGCUCUGAGGAGAGCAGAGAUGGCACCUACAAACUUGCGCGACGAGCUCAGGGAGCAGAGAGACAUGGCCGAAGAGCGUCUGCGCGAAAAGACCGACUUGCGACAGAGACUGGACGAGUAUGAGAAAAAGUACGAAAAGGCCAAGGAGCGAUUCAAGCAGCAGAAAGUUAAGCACGAAGAACAACUGCGCAAAAUGCAAAAAGAAUACAUGGAGCGCGAGAAGCUGCACUGGAGACAGCAACAACAGCUGCAAGAAGAGGCCGAUUGGGAGAAGAAGCUGCGCGCCGAUUCAAAUGACCUGAUUGCUUUCUUGGAAAUCGACCACAUCGUUGCCCUUCAGACCAUGCAGGACGAGCACCUCGAGCUGCUCGCAACUCGACAACAGGCCGUGUCCCACGUCCAGCCACGCGAGGAGCCAAUCGACGACUUUGACAUCGAGAUCGACUCGCCCGAGAAACAAGAAGACGAACCAAUGGCUGAGGCAGACCCCGAACCCAUCCACAACGACUGCGCUGUCGAAGACACCCCCGAGCUAGAGACAAUUCAGACCCGCCCAGCCCACACACCAGUUCGCAGACACUCCAGCACGCCAAUCGCCCAUGACUCACCUCAAAACACCACAGCCCCCAUGCCUCCCCCAACGACCAGCACAAAACAAACCCUCCGCGUGCCCAUAAACUUCAACGACGACGAAGAAGACCCCUCCUCAACCAGCGACAAGGAAAACUCUCUGCCUCUGCUCCAACCACCACGUACACCCAUCCCCUCAUCCCGCACCGUCAGCGCACCGCCUCACCAUCUCAAAACUCCCAUGACGAUUNNUUCUUGCUCGACGCCAGCAUUGCACCCCAAUAUUCCUGAUUUCCUCAACACGCCCAUUGAUAGGGAAGCUGCACUUGCUGCUAUCAGAGAGAGAAGAGGUAGAGCAAGGAGUAAUGGGGCUGCUGGCAUGGCUACACCGAGACGAUUGGGUAGAGAUGCUUCUGCGCCGCCUGGAGCUGGGGGUGUCGGAUCUAGAUCUAAGAGUCGUGGUCCUUAG